AUGGUGACACGCGUUGCAAUUGUUGGAUCUGGGAUCGGGGGCUUGGUGUUGGCCAAGACCCUCACCCAGUACGGGGCUGGCAAAGUGGAGGCUUGGGAUGAGUGGAAGACUCGCGGUGGCUCUUUGGGCAUCCAGCAAUCCAGCCUGAUUCUCGAAAAGCUCGGCUUGAAGGAGGUCUUCGAUGCUUUGGCCAAUCAUCCAAAAGCUACCAAAUAUUGGAGUGAUGGCCAGGAUCUCCAGAAGAUGGUGCUGGAUUCGAUUCCUCCUGAGGUGAUCUUUCUCGGCCACAAGUUGGAGAGCCUUACUGAGGAUGACAAGGAAGUCACUUUAACUUUCGCCAAUGGCAAGGUAGAUAAGGCAGACAUCGUCGUUGGGGCUGAUGGAAUCCACAGUGUCGUGAAGAAGCAGAUCUUUGACUGUGGUGAACCAGUGCAUGCAGGAUUUCGUCUCAUCUACUCGUGCAGUUCCGUGCCAAUUCGCCCAAACCCUGAGGAAGUGCAUGUGAACUGGAUUAGCAAGGACGGCGAAGGAUAUCACGUCAUGGACUGGUCUGCCGGUGCUGCAGACAAGCGUCACGAUGUCUGUUUGCUGAUGAUGCGCAGCGAGGAGCUGAUAAGUGACAAGUGGGACUCCACCAUCGUGAAAGACAAACUCAAGGAGUUGACCUCCAGAGUUGCACCAGGCCACGAGGUCCUCCAUGCAGCCAUUGAGAAUGCGGAGAUGUGCUUUGAUUGGGGGUCUACAUUCAGCCAGUGCUUCCAACUUGGGUUUCUCCCAAACAGAGAGUGA